AUGUUGCUGCUCGUAUGGAUGGCUCCUGUGGUUUACUGCUUCAGCUCAGGUCAAGUUAUAGACAGCUGUGAAAGUAUGCAACCGUAUCACUCUGGGAUAACGGCACAGACAACGCCUCCACCAUUUAAUAUCACUACGGAUAACACCAGGUACACGCUUGGAGAGGAGGUGAAAGGUAAGGUUCAGGCUCGACUGGACUAUUUAUUUAAUUUACAUAACUAUAUGUAUUGCAAUUGCUUGUGGUGAGGACAUACAGAUCUGUUGAAAGUGUACUCAAGUGUUUUGUUUCCUUUUACAGUUCAACUCCAGGCUACAGCCUCGAUACCAUUCACUGGUUUCCUGUUACAGGCCCGAGAGGUGGGGGGGCAGUCUCCUUUGGGUACCUUCUCUCUGACAGGAGGAUCGGCUCAGCACCUUUCCUGCAACCAGAAACUUGUGAGUUGACUUAUAUAAAGCAUAGUUUGAUGUCAGGCCUACAGCAUUAAAUCAUAAUUUAGUACUCAAGUUAACAGGAAUACUCAACAUCUGCCGCACAUGGAUUUAUCGAACUUUAAUACUGACAUUCUGAAUGUUUUGAGCAUUUUAUCACAGGUUGCAGAUUUGACCUGCAACCUGUGAUGCAACCUCUGAGCCCCCUCAAGCCUUUUCUUUUAACCUCAAGGCGUGUGUUUACAAUGAUAUGGCCCAAUGUAAAGCCUGGCAACAGCCCCUUAACACCAUAUUUUCCCUUUCCCCUUGAAUAAUGAACACCUGCCUCCCCUUGUCCAUCUCCUUGGCAAUGCUGUAUGGCUCCUCUCUAGGGAGCUUUAGUUUCUAUUUGUACAACAUGUUGAAGUUACAGCAGUCUCCAAUUGAGACAAUUUUUUAGUUCCUGCAACUUCUGUUUUUAUGAUUGCUGCUUCGAGCACUGGGGAUGUUAAGACCCUCUAGUAACUCACUGAGCAUUUUUUAGGUUAAUUGAUGUCUUAAUGUAGCUCAGAUGGCUGCUCUAAAAUCAGGCUACCACAGGUCUAAAAAUGAAAGUUUUUUGCCUCAGCCACAGUAACUAUUUAGAUUUGGACAAUAAAUAACUUCAUAAUUUAUUUUAUAGAGCUGGACCAUUUAUCAGGUUUAAAUUUCAAUAACAAUGAUGGUUCCCCAUAAUCACAUCAAUCUGAUUAUGGAGACUGAACACUAUUGUGCUUCCUGCUGCGACUCUGAUUGGUGUACAAUGACUCGUGCUGCUGUGGUGAGACUUUGCCUCAGCCACAGUAACUAUUUAGAUUUGGACAAUAACUUCAUAACUUAUAUUAUAGAGCUGGACCAUUUAUCAGGUUUAAAUUUCAAUUACAAUGAUUGUUCCCCAUAAUCACAUCAAUCUGAUUAUGGAGACUGAACACUAUUGCUGCGACUCUGAUUGGUGUACAAUGACGGUUGUAGGUGUGAGGAGGCAACAGAUUUAGAUAUGGACCAGUGAACAGCAAACCAUUGUUAUUGUUUUCAAGGAAAUGUUGCCACACCACUUACUUUCUUUGGGGGUGGUGUUAAUCCAUUUGUGGUGGAGUACCAAACGUGCAGAUUUGUGGUCUUCAGUCUCUUUUUGAAUGGAAGAGUCCAAAAAUGUAAGGCUUUUGGACUGCAGCAAACCACACUGAGAGUUAUAAUCCACACAUGGAGAAAACAAUGAACAAUGGUGAAACUUCCCUACCAAAUUUCUCCAAGAGUGCACUGGUGACUCAUCCAGGAGACAACAAAAGAACCCAGAGCAACAUCUUUAAAACUGCAGGUCCCACUUGCCUCAGUUACAGUCAGUGUUCAUGAUUCAACACUUAGAAAGAGAGUGGGCAAAAAUAGCGUCCAAUGGAGACCAAGAACAAUACAAAGGCUAGUCUCUCAUUUGCCCAAAAAAUCUUGAUGAUUUUCAAGACUUCUGGGAAAAUAUUCUGUGGACUGAUGAGACAAAAGUUUGGAAUGUGUGCAUCCUGAUACAUCUGGAGAAAAAACUAACAGCAUUUUAGGAAACAUCAUACUGACUGUCAAACAUCCUGAACUUUUGAGACAGAAGACAGAAUGACCUUGUUAUUCCUCUCAUCCCAUCUCAUGUGUUUAUGUGUUUUUGGCUUGAUGUAGAACUCAGCUGUAUCCCACACGUCAGACUCUGUGAAGACCUCCAUUCAGGUUACAUGGAGACCAGAUGUGCCAGCAUUUGAAAAAACUAUUCAGUUCUGGUAAAGUAGAUUUUUUUUCCAACUUUCUUUUCCCCACUUUUCUUUUUCCAGGUGAAAUUAGUGAGCGAAACUGGCAGAUUAUAGCAUGUUUUCUCACUUUCUGUGUAUCCGCAGUGCAUCAGUUGUGCAGAACUACAGGUUAUUCUGGGAUGUUAAGAGUCCUCUCCUGACUGUUACCAAUGACAGCACUGGUGGAACAACAAGUGACCCCACUGUACUGUUGGAAACCAGUCCCAGCACUUCAACAGCUGCAACGCUGACAACUCAAAUACAUCAACCUGCUGUGAGUAACACUGAAAAAAACAGUGAAUCGAACUAAAACUGUCCUCUUUCCUGAACCAACAAUACAGCUGUACCAAGUAGUGUUGCAACAGACCAGAAUCUGAUACUGACAUUUGUGUAUUUUUUCGUACCACAGACAUUGCAUCCUCUCUUGGGCAUCCAAAAUUGUGAUUUUUUUAUUUUUGACAUCCAACCUGCUCACAAAGUUUAGAAAACAUAACUGAUUGGAAUUGGUCUUUCAAACACAUGUGCCUAUUUGUGGAAAAAAGCUGAAAAAACCUGAACACAGCUGUAAAGAUAAUAAUGAAUCAUACACAAUCAUUAAAAGUAAUUCACUGCAAAUCAAUCAAUCAGCGUAUGGAACUCCCAAAAAGUUCUCAGAAGACUGAUCUAUUGAAGUAUCUGGCAGCUCUGACUUCGCUGUCAGUGAUGAGGGUGAAGUGAAUUCCUCUGGUUACACCGACAUGACAAUGCAGCUUCUGUUCUCUGCAGGCCGGUGUCUCCAAUAAGGACUGUGGCGUCAGCAAGGUGUGUUUCAGUCAGCCAUCAAACUGUGACCCUACAGCCAGUGCUGACUGUUAUUUCAUGUCAGCCAGGAUGUUGUUUCCAAGUGAUGAAGAAGUCCGCUAUGAGAUGACGGGAUCCUCAGACGGAUACAUCGCUUUUGGAUUCUCAGAUGAUCAAAUCAUGGUAAUGUGGCAAUGAUGUGCUUCACUCGAUAUGUUUUGUUAGUAUUCAUAAGAACAAUAUGGUAAAACUAUUUCAGCAUGAUCAACCAUAGCUCUUGACAUGAAAAGACAAAGUUUUUAAAACUCUGCUUGAAAAUGACCUCUUCCUUUGUAUUAUUCAGGGAAAUGAUGACAUCUAUAUUUGUGGCAUUGGGAGUAAUGGUCUUGUGCAGUUGCAGCGUGCUUUUUCUACAGGAAGAACAGCUCCUCAGAUUCUUCCUUUGGUACUGACUUUUUUGUGAUACCUCUAAUUUCAAUGUAUUUUUUUAUUUAUGAAGACUGAAUAUUAAUGUUGAAAUGUAAUGUCUCUGUGUGGACUUAACACAAUACUGAACCUAUUUCUGCCCACAAGGGGAACGUUUCUGAUGUAAGAGCAUCAGUACAGGGCAGCAUCAUCAGCUGUUCUUUCACCUCAAUGAACACACCGUCUACUGUGAGGACCACAGGGUUCAACAACUCCUACUAUCUCAUGUUCGUCUAUGGACCCAGUAAAAAUGGUAAUGAAGACAUUGUGUAAUAAAGCAAAAGAGAGAUGUUGUAUGUUUAAGAUCAGAGAUGAAAUUGAACAAGGAUCACAGACCUUUUUGUGCAAAGAGGCACGGGCUUAUAGAUGUAGUAAGUGCUCAGAGUUGAAAAGCCUCCAUAGAAACCUAGCAUGACAGGAGUGUCUGCGGCUAUCCACCCUGCUUGAGACAGGUCCAGAAAGAAAGCAGAUGACCGAGAAGAAAGACAGCUCAUUCACAAAAAGAUAAAUACUCUACAAAGGUGUACUCUACAGGCUUUUUGUGCAAAAACCAUGGUGGAGUGGAAAAAUGUCCUCAAAGGGAACCGCAUCUAUGUUGCAAUUCUACAUCAGACACAGUCAGAGAGUGCCAAGGUAUACAAGAAAAUGUAGCAAGUGUGAUAGUUACAGACGGCGUAUUGAUCUCCAUCCAGGAUGCCCAAUUGUGGGUCGACUUGUCAAGUUCCUCAGAUCCUUUUGUCAAAAAACGUAUUCGGAAAUUAAAGUCUGUGUUUUCAUGAAUGAACCCAGUAAUAGAUCUUUGGCCUGUUCAGACUUCUUUGACCCCUUGAACAUUAAAGGUCCCGCCAUCUUCUCAUACUUGCUCGAGACCUGCUUUUACAGGCAGAAACCCCGAGCAAAACCUAGAUCAUGUAAGACAGUCAUCUGCCACCAAAUAUGACAAAACAUUGAAUUCACUUGUUAAUUUUUUGAGUUUGAAGUUUAGCAAUAAAUUACGUGUUUCAGAUUGAACAAAAAGUAGUAGUUUUUCAAGAAGCUGAGGCUAAUGUCAAGAGACUAAACGUUACCCAUUAUUUUCUCUGACAAAACCACAAGCAUCAUUUCAAAGUAGGCCUUUGUUUAGCUCUGUCUUUUUUCUCUCUUCUACAGGACUAAUCCAGCUCCAUACAUCAACCUUCAUCAGCACUGAAAAGAUAAGCAUUUCAAAACCUAUGCUUGUCGGAAAAGCGGGCUUGCCUCAGAUCAUCAAAGCACAUGGUGAGUGGCAUGAAAUUACAAGUACAGCCACUGUGAUAUAACUUAAAUAACAGUGGCUGUGGAAAAGGAUAACAAUGCUUGUCAGUAGUUUUGUCUAUCACUUCUGCCAAAAAAAAAUUGGCAUUACAUUUGCUGUAAAUGGCAAAGCUUAUGGUUUGGUGAUGAAGCAUUAUCUAGAAGUUAUACUUACCCUUUCAUCAAUAAACAACCCACUGGUUAAAAUUUAAGAGUAACUGACAGAGUAAUCAAGAUGUGUUUGACAUGCCAGACUCAGGUUGUACUCCUGAGAAUAAUUUUUAUGUUGCAAUUUCUUAAGUCAUGAGAAGUGGAGGAGGUCAGAAAAUCACAGAUAUUUCACAGAGGGAAUAAAAACUGGAGCCAAAAACAGGACCAAGAGAAGUUUUUCAAAUGUCCGCUAGAAUAGCUGUGAUGUUUUUUCAAACUUUCUGUCAAGGUCAUGCAAAGGUGGACGUGAAUUAAAAUGGCUUCAGACAUUUAACUAUAUAAACCAGAAAUCUGCGAGCAAACUUAAUACUCGCAGUAAAGAAAUCAUUGCUGUUUAUGUCUGUAAAGUUUUUCAUUUGGGAUAACAAGCAUGGAGUAAAUCAUAAAACCUCCUAUGACAUUCAAUUGUUUCAGGAGCACUAAUGCUAACAGCAUGGAUGUCCGUUGCAACACUGGGAUUGGUGGUGGCCAGAUAUCGAAAUGGUUUUGCCAAUGGAAAGAAGCUAUGGGGCAAAGAUAUCUGGUUUCUGGUGAGACUGAGCAAUACAAUAAACAGGUGUAUUAUAUUUUUUUUACAUGUAGGUCUGACCAGGUAGAAAGACACUUAAAAAAUUAUAAUAUAGGAAUUAUUUGAAUACACAACUUUGAAGUAAACACACCACUUUAAAAUAUCAUGUUGAUAAUUUGACAAAGACUUCCGUGUUCCCAGUAGCUUUUGUUCAACCUGAAUAAGAAAAUGAAUUGCUGCUUUACAUAAAGGGUUGAAGGGUAAUUAUUCCUUUAGUUUAUGUUUUUUUUUUUUUAGAUAUUUCAUUCACUUCGCAAAAUAUAAACUUUAUAUAGUAAAAGAAGCUAAGAUCAUAUUAAUUAGAUUAUAUUUAUUUGAUUAUAUUUCCAUCUAUUUCAAGUUUUCCAAGCCUAUUUCUAUUGCACUCAUCUGAUGUUAUCUGAUAUUGUUUGACUUGUUUCUUAUCAUAUUGUACUGUUUGUUUUUCUUAAGGUCCAUGCCUUUAUGAUGAGUCUGACCGUAACAGCUACAGCCAUCGCCUUUAUUCUUUCCUUCUCAUACGUGAGGGCCUGGUCUGGGGUCAGUACCAAGCCUUACAGCGACUAAUGAUGCACUUUCCACUUACAUUUGUAGCCUCUGUCUUUUGAAGCAGUCUGAUUGUCACUGUAGGCUUUAAACAGAAUAGUUUUUGCUCUUUUAAAAUGAUGAGAAAGAAGGUGGGUUCAACAAUACUCUAGAUCUCAAACAGUAUCACAGUUCAACUGUCUACACUUGUCAAGUAAAUAUGAUCUUCCAGUUUUUUAUCUUGUUCAUUAUCAUUUUUUUAAAAUAUUCUGUUAUGUAUCUACACAAUAAAUCUAGUUAAUACCUCUCAAAUUUGCUUUUGCUUUAUGAUGAAAACAAAUUUGGGUAACACUUAACAAUAACCAUAACUUAUAAGAGGUAAGCAGAUAGUUUAUUAAUGUUUAAUCAUAAUCUAUAAAUAGCAUAUAGACCAUUGAUAAAUCGCAAACUUUACAAUUUUAAAAACCUAACCCUAACCCUAACUUUAUAAUAACCAUUUAAGUAAUGUCUAUAGGUGGUUUAUAAACCACUUAUUGAUCAUUUACAAAAUAUUACAAACAUCAGUUGCAACUUUACAAUCACUAUCUAAGUAAUGUUUAUAGAUGGUUUAAAAACCAAAUAUUUACCAUUUACAAAGUGCUACUGACACACAUUUUAAUCUAGAUGUUUUACAACCAACAUUUAAACUUUAUGUAAACCUUUAAUAAAUAGUCAAUUAAUAAUGAAUGAAAAUUAUUAAUCAUAAUUUCAUUGCUUGUUAAUGGUAAAGUAACUAUUAACUUACAUUAAUAAACUAUUUGCCAUUUUAAUUGGUCUAUAUGCUGUUUUUAAAUAAAGAUUAAACAUGAAUAAACUAUCUAUUUACCAUCUAUAGAUUAUGGUGAUUGUAAAGUGUUACCCAAAUUUGUCCUUGAGACGGACAGAGGAAUAAGCAUCCUUGAAAACUGUGAGGCAAUUGUUAAUAUCCCAGGUAAGACCUGUUAUGCUGUAGAUAGGGCCAGCCCAAACAACUUUGGUUACCUUGGCAAGAUUUCAUUAGCAGUGGCGCCCCCUGUAGACAGCUGGGGCCCUCAGCAUUGCUUCGACUGCCUAUGCCCCAGGCUGGCCCUGGCUGUGAGGUUGAAAUCCCAAAGGAAGAUGAGCAGAUGUUCAGAUGUUUUUCUCCAUGUCUGUUAUGUGAUCAAUCAAGUGAUGCAACACCUCUGUUAUGCAAACUUAAGGGAGGUAAACACUAUCCAGAACUCCUACAGUCAAAGAAACAAGCUUUCUAAUUUGAACUCUGAUAACCAUUUGCUUCAAUAGAAGGGACUCAUGUCAGUGACAUAAAGGUAGGAGGGAUAGAGACUUGUCAAAGUUUGAUAUCUUGCCAUAUUAGAGAAGGUUACUGUAAUUACCUUUAUCAUGUCAUUGUACUCUUCUCAUGUUUAUUUUUAUCAUUUUAAGAAAAAAAAAUGCAGAGUUCUGGGUGAAACAGCUGUGUUACACAAUAAACAGACAUUCUGUGCUUUUUUUCAGGGGGCUCAUCCUGUGUUAGGCUGCCUGGUUAUGAUCCUCUCAUUCAUUCAGAUUUUGUUGGCUCUGGUACGCUGUGGACCUCAACAUCCACUGUAAGUCACAUCCAUUCCUCUUAACUGUCUUUUUUCUGUGUUUAUAAAGAUUUUUAAGAUAAACUAAAACAGUGUGUGGUUGGCUCCCUGACAUCUUACCACUUCUAACAUUAUUUAUCAAAGGUGCCUAACUGCCUAUCAAUCUUUAUUUAUUCAAUGCCCAUUCACAAGAAAUGAUAUCUCAAAACACUUUAAGAACCUACCUACCCACCUACCUACAUACCUACCUACUUACUACCUAUGGUCUAAACCAUACUCUUUGUUUUAUCACUUACAAACAUCAGGAUAGGGUGAGACUAGUAUGAUAACACCAGCUCUCAGAUAGACUGACAUGACCCAAAUGUUCUGAGCAUGCUCCAGAGCUUGGAUGCCAAUUAUGUUGAUGCUCAGCUAAGAAGCCAAGUAGUGAGCAAAACUUUGACAAAAGACAAAAGGAUGUAAAAACUAAUGUAAUGAAUGAAAGCUCUUCAAAAAACCCCUAAUGGCACUUGUAACGGUAAUAAAAGUUUCUUACAUUAAUUUCAUUUACUAUUUAAAGGGAUAUUCCGGCGUAAAAUUAAAUAAGGGUCAAAAACACCAAAACACCAAGUUAGACACUCCCUCGAGAGAUAAAUGUUUAAGGCAUCUUUCUACUACUGCUGUUAUAUUUAACGUGAGGUAUGAGUAGAUAAUUUGAUAUUUUUGCUCAUUUCUUUGACAGGAGAUUUCUUUUUAACUGGACACAUGCUUUGAAUGGAGUGGGAAUAAAAGCUUUAUCUGGUAAGAUCCGUCACACUUGGGGACACGAUGGUCCGCUAAUUUUGAGAAGUGCUGAAAAAUGGAUAAAUUUUUUAUUUGUUUUUUUUUUCCCCACCAACAAAUUUUUUUCACUAUUUAUGUGUUUAUGUGUGACUCCACACAGUGGCAGCCAUACUGACAGGUUUUAGGUUGAUUGACAACACUCCGGAGCAAUGGCUGAUGAAAGUAAUGGGUGGGUUUGUUGGCUGGGAGGCUUUGUUCUACAUCCUGCUGAGUGCCAAUUUAAAAUGGAAGGUUCACGGUAAAGGUAGGUCAACUUAAACUCUUUUUUUCCCCCACUGUACUCUGCAUAUCAUGACAAAAAAAAUACUAAUGUUUUGUUAUUGUUUUAUGAAAUUUCAAUUUUGUAAGAGGCUGGCAACUGUGUACAACGUAAAACAACACAGAAAUACAUUUUAACUUUGAAUUUGACCAUAGUAAUGCAAACUAAGCAUUUUUUUCACCCUUCUUUUUAGAUACUUCAGAGUCAAAGAUGGUAAGAAAUGAAACAAAUGUUUAAAAAAGUGAUCAAAUGGAAAGGUAGUAAUACUCUGCUUUUAAACAUUAAUUUUAUUUGGUUUUGCAGACAACAGCUGACCUCCUGCUGCUUGCUCUGUUCCUCUCUGGGAGCAUUGCCUUUUUGGUGUCACUGUUGGUUGGAAUUGGGAAGUCAUAAGAAGUCACCACCCAGAGAGGAUAUCUUUCAUAUAUCAGGGAAUUGCCUCUUUUAUUAUUAUUUGCAUUAGGCUGCAGUUUUUGGAUGCAGUGCUAGAAAAUUCUGUCUUAACGUCUAAAUGUCU